AUGUCAACUAGAGUUGCCUUAAUAACCGGAGCUAAUAGUGGCGUUGGUGCUGAAACUGCACGUCAGCUAGGUCUACAAAAUAUUGAAAUAUUAGUUGGUUCUCGUGAUAAAUCGCGUGGUGAAGAAGCUGUAAAAAAACUAAUUGUGGAAGGGAUCAAAGCUCGGUGUAUUCAGCUUGAUGUGACAGAUCAAAAAUCGAUUGACAAUGCUGUGGAUGAAGUAACCAAUAGUUACGGGAAAUUAGAUAUAUUAAUAAAUAAUGCUGGUGUAUACAUGAAAGAAGGACCUUUGAGUCAGUUGGAUAUGGCAUUGUUACGUCAGACAUUUGAAACAAAUUUUUUUGGUGUAUUUGCUGUAACCAAAGCAUUUUUACCAUUAAUUAAAAAAUCAUUAAGUGGACGAAUUGUUAAUGUUUCAAGUGGUUUAGCAUCAUAUAAUUUUCAUCAGAACAAGGCUAAUGCAUCCUAUGCUAUUAAUCAUUGUGCUUAUAGUACAUCAAAAAUAGCUUUAAACAUGUUGACAGUACAGUUAGCUAAGGAAUUAGAGAAAACAAACAUUAAAGUCAACGUUUGUACACCCGGUCUGACAGCAACAGGUCUGACAAAUUAUCAUGGACAUAGUGUUGAACUUGGUGCAAAAAGUUCUGUUUAUCUGGCUUUACUUCCGGAUGAUGGACCAACAGGACAAUUUUUAAACAGUGAUCUUACCGUAACUGGGGCAAAUAAAGGCAUUGGAUAUGCAAUUGUUCAAAAACUUUCUACAGAAUUUGAUGGUAUUGUUUAUUUAACGUCAAGAAAUGAAGAAUUAGGUUUAAAAGCUGUCGAAGAUAUUCAAUCAUCAAAUCCAUCAGCGAAAGGCAAAGUGCAUUAUCAUCAGUUAGAUAUAUCAUCUGUCGAGAGUAUACGCCGAUUAGCCGAUUAUCUAAAAAAGACAUAUGGGGGAUUUGAUGUGCUAGUGAAUAAUGCAGCAAUAGCGUUUAAAAGUGCUGAUGUAACACCCUUCGGCGAACAGGCAGAAGUAACGGGACGAAGCAACUUUUUUGGCACAAUGAAUGUAUGCAAUGCUCUAUUUCCACUACUUCGACAACAUGCUCGGUUUGUAACGUUGAUCUGCAUUUUAUUGAAAAAUAUUCUAUUUUUAUUACCAUCAUUUUCGUAUAGAGUUGUCAAUAUGUCCAGCCGAGCUGGAAUGUUAGAAUCAAUUAAAAAUCCAGAAAUUCGUAAGAAUUUGACAUCUGACGAUACAACAAUCGAAUCUAUUGGAGAUAUUCUAAGUGAUUUCAUUACAAAAGCUAAACAAAACUCUCAUCAAGACGCCGGAUAUCCAAACAGCGUCUAUGGAAUGUCAAAACUCUGUCUGAUAGCAGCCACAAUUGUUCAACAACGAAUUUUUGAUGAUAAUCCUGAAAAGGAUAUUGUUGUGAAUGCUGUAUGUCCGGGAUAUUGCAAAACCGACAUGACAAAUAAUAAAGGACAAUUAACACCGAAACAAGGUGCGGAUACACCCGUUUAUUUGGCAACCUUAGAACCAAAUGUGAAAUCUCCCCGUGGUGAAUUUCUGGGUGAACGAAGAAUUAUUAAAUGGAAAUGUUAA